GCAAGACAAAACAUUUGUUUGCGAAGACAACCAAAAGAACAAAACCCAGGUAGAAUCGUGGGUUUGAAUCCGCCAUGGCGGCUUUUUCCUGCUCCACUCAUCUCUCCCGACAGAAGGCCCUAUACACCAUCGCAUUGCUCCUUCUCUUCCUCCUCAUCAGCUUGUUCUAUUUCAACAAGCUGUCUCUCGAGCCCAAACUCACAACCUACAGAGAUCUAUUCUCAGAGUCCCGCCACCCUGCCUCUCUCCUUUCCCCUCGAAUAAUUACCGCCGCUCUGUUACAAGACGAGUAUAAUGUAUCCGCCGCUUCGAGCCCAGAUUUCGAUAAAACCCAUGAACAACCAACUCCGCCCAUUUCUUCAAAAAAAGUGGGAGGGGAAGUGGCAGAAUCGAAAGUUUACGAGGUAGCGAGUAUUGUGACGUCCGUGCCGUCGAUGUCUGACUCAGAGGAGAUGAACAUUUCUACUAAGAAAGAGAGUCAUCGAGCUGAUAGUGCCCAAGGGUGUAAUUUCUACAAAGGGGUUUGGGUGAAAGAUGAUGAUCAACCGAUUUACAGUCCUGGAUCUUGCCCGUAUGUGGAUGAGGCAUUUGACUGUCAACGCAAUGGCAGGCCGGAUUCACAGUAUCUGAAAUGGAAAUGGAAGCCGGAUGGAUGUGAUCUUCCAAGGUUUAAUGCAACAGACUUUUUGGUGAGAUUAAGAGGGAAAAGGCUGAUGCUUGUUGGAGAUUCCAUGAACCGCAAUCAAUUUGAGUCUUUGCUCUGCCUUCUUCGUGAAGGAAUUGUCAAUAAGAGUAAAAUGUAUGAGACACAUGGAUAUAAAAUUACAAAGGGAAGAGGCUACUACAUUUUUAAAUUUGAGGUCGUUGAAUUAUUAUUUAGCCUAAAAUGAAAUGCCUCUAAUGGAAGUCCCGUCAGCCGUGGUUGAGGAUUACCACUGCACAGUAGAAUUUGUGCGUUCUCAUUUUCUUGUCAGAGAGGGAGUGCGCAUUAAUGCACAAGGUAACUCAAAUCCAACUUUAUCUAUUGACCGUAUUGAUAAAUCAGCUCCUCGCUGGAAGCGUGCUGACAUUCUCAUUUUCAAUACUGGACAUUGGUGGGCCCAUGGAAAGACAGCCAGGGGGGAAAACUACUAUAAAGUGGGUGAUUAUAUUUACCCAAAGUUUGACGCCAUGGAAGCGUAUAGAAUAGCUUUGAAGACCUGGGCAAGUUGGGUAGAUGAACAUCUGGGGCAGAAAAAAAUAGUAUUCUACAGAGGCUACUCAUCUGCUCAUUUCAGAGGCGGGGAUUGGGAUUCUGGCGGUUCCUGUAUUGCUGAAACUGAACCAGUUUUGAACGGAACCAUCCUUGAUAACUAUCCUCCCAAAAUGAAGAUAGUGGAUGAAGUGAUCAAAGAAAUGCAGACACCUGUGGUCCUACUAAAUGUGACAAGGUUGACCAAUUUCCGCAAAGAUGGCCACCCAUCUGUAUAUAUGAAAAUGGCAACUAAUGGCAAAAAGGUUUCCAGCAAACGGCAAGAUUGCAGCCAUUGGUGCCUCCCAGGAGUCCCUGAUGCUUGGAAUGAGCUCAUUUAUGCCUCUUUAGUUUUGAAACAAAUGUCUACAUUCAACUAAUUUUAACAAUGUUCGUUUGCUAGCAAGCAACCCUUUCCAAUCCCAUAUUGGAGUGGCUUCUUUUUUUAGCUCUCCCGAACUGGGUAUUGUCCCUUUUUUGGAGGGGGGUUCCCAAGCAUUCAGAUUGUUCCAUUUGGGGGAACCAUCCUGGAUCAAGGAAUAUGAGUCGUCCAGGUUGUACAACUACAUGUUAUCUGAUGAAGGUGGCUUUCAAACAUGUGGAUCUGUGAUGAUCCCUUGCUUAAAAUAGUCUGAGAAUUUUGUGGUAUAAUGUUCCUCACUCUAACCGCACAUAUGGUGUAGUGUUUUCACAUUUUGAGAAAUGUUUACACAAUUUAUUCCAAAUACUUUAAAC